GUACUACAGUUGCAUUGUGUCCCAUUAUAAAUCCACUACACCCUUUUUCUCCAGUGUUCUGAUCGACUGCUGAAAACUCUCCCUGUACACCCUUUCAGUAUUCCCCUCAUCGACUACUUCUCAAUACCAUACAUCCAGCAUCAUACAUCGCCUCACAACAUGGCUCCACAUAACGUUCGGUGGGGUAUCAUGGCCACCGGCUGGAUUGCAAGUGUUUUCGUAAGAGACCUCUUGAGAGAUCCUAAUGUCCGAGGUGCAUCUGAUGUCUCCCACACAGUUGUUGCAGUUGCAUCAUCUUCCUCAAAGUCCCGUGCAGAGGAUUUUAUCUCGGACACCGGCAUUCCUGCUCCCUGCGCUGCCUACGAGUCCUAUGGGGACCUUGUGGCCGAUCCCAAUGUAGACGUCGUAUACGUUGCAACGCCUCACUCGCACCACUUUCAAAACGUUAUGCUUGCUUUUGAAGCGGGGAAGCAUGUUUUAUGUGAAAAAGCUUUCACUGUCAAUGCGGCCCAGGCAAAGAUUCUCUGUGAAAUGGCGAAAACGAAGAAUCUCUUUUUAAUGGAAGCCGUCUGGACUCGGUACUUCCCACUUAGCGUACAGAUACGUGGCUUAAUUCAGGAUGGUACUCUUGGUGAGGUUCUGCGUGUGCUGGCCGAUAAUAGCUUUGGAGAUGACGUGGAGGAAAGAUGGGGUACCGAGCAUCGGAUGGUUAAUAAGGACCUGGCUGGCGGAGCGUUGCUUGAUUUGGGUAUUUACUCCUUGACCUGGGUCUUCCAGGCUCUGUAUCACACUCUUCCCCGCGAGUCGCGCAAGGCACCCUCACGGAUCUCAUCGCAUAUGUCUCUUUACCACCAUACUGGUGUUGAUGAAGCAACAUCCAUUCUCCUUACCUUCCCCACCAGUACUCCGUCCAACCUUCCUCCCCUAGGUGAAUCGCAGGCAGUGGCUAUGACACAUCUCCGAGUGUCGACCAAUGCUGACGACAAACCCGUCCAGCCCUCGGUCCGCAUUCAGGGCACCAAAGGUGAGAUCCAGAUAUACGGCCCUGCGUUCCGGCCGGAGCGGUACCGGGUUGUUCCGAAGGGGGAGGGGGAAGUCAAAGAGGUGGAAUGUUCAUUCCCUGGUGAAGGAAAGGGCAUGUACUGGGAGGCGGACGAGGUCGCACGGUGCUUGCGGGAUGGUAAGCUUGAAAGUGAUAGCAUGCCGUGGGAGGAGAGCAUCAUUAUUAUGGAGGUCAUGGAUGAGGUCAGGCGUCAGGGUGGAUUAGUUUAUCCUGAAAACAUUGAAUCCACAGUUUACCCGACACCGUUGUAAGAGACGGUCUGUAUCGUGUGGAGAGAACAAGCAUACCUGGUUCAAAAACGUGUAUAUAUCCUUCCCAACGACUAUACAUAUUAAACGUAUUGUUUGGGGGUGAAAGAAAAAUAAAGAGGACCGUCUAAAGCAACUUAUA